CUUUCCUUUGUCUGUAAAAUAAACAUCCCCUAAAUCAACCACCUCUCUUGUUCACACCUCACAGACUCGUGGGAAAUUUAUGACUCCUAUCUAUGCGAUUAAAUAUAUUUAUGCCCCCAAUUCACUUCGCAUCCGUUUUGGCAUAUUUAAGAUCAGAUAACCCAGAAUUUUUGCCUAAUCGGGAAACAGACCAAUUUAGGGGGCGAAAAAACCACACCAUAAAUCACUUUUACAGCUUUUUCCGUUAGAAGAUAGCCCAGAAAACCAGAAAUAUAUGUGCUUCAUUUCUUCGUCUAUCUGUUCCAGAUUGAAUUAACCAACUGACUUCGACGAAAAAAUCUAGUCAACGAAAAGAAGAAACCAAUUCAACCAUACCAUCAAGAUGACAAGUUUCAGCGCAGCUCAAAUGAUCGCCUCAGUUCUUUUAUUCGGCAUACUCCUUUCACGGGCUGCUGUGUCUGCGGACGCCUUAAGCUGCGAGGAGCUCACAACCUCCAACCUGAUUGACGUAAUGCGAGUCAUAAAUGAUUUCUGCCUGGCGGUGCCCGAUAGCACAGUGUACUUCAAACACGCCCCCUUGACAACUACGGAGACAGGGGCGGUUGAGGGCGAGCAGAAGACGCCUGCAAUCAAGAACGUGAUCGAGGCUAUCAAGAAAUGGAAGGGAGAGGAAAAGCGAACAGCCAACGACAAGAGAACCGGAAUGUUCCACUGAGGAACGGAGCAGGAACUAAACCAAGCCAGUAUUUAUUAACUAUACCAUAUAACUUUAAUUCUUAAUGUCCUCAAGUACUUGUGUUAACUCGGUUGAAUAUUAUAAAGACAGUUUAAUAGUUGCUGGGAAUCCGUUUCUCUAUGAGUUUUGAUUAAGUUGGAAGCAAACAAAUUGCCCAACUUCAAAAUUUGAAAUUGAAUGAACCUGAUAACAGCUUUCAAAUAACUAUAUCAAUAUCACAUUUACAUUUACAGAAUCAAAACUAUCU